CGGCGGUUUACCGGAGGCGGUUCCCUUAGCGUCAGUGGUAGCUUGAAUCCGUGGCGAACCGCAAUCGGUACUAGGCCGGUGUAGUCUCAGCAGGAGUGGGACCCUGAGGCUUGAGAAACAGGCUUUUCUUUGGUCCGGGACUCCCCGGCGUUCAGCGCUUCCCCCCAUAACCGGACACCGAUUUUUCGGACUCUUUGCCUCAGACCCAGGAGUCAUAGAUGCCAGGAAGUAUGGCCCCCCUGAAGAAGCUUCGAAAUACCACAAAGUUGCCCCUGGCUUUAAACCCCCUGAAGAGCAAGGACGUGUUGGCAGUGCUGGCUGAGAGGAACCAGGCUAUAGUACCCGUUGGGGCAUGGGUGGAGCCUGCCCCGCCAGAUAGUUCAGCAGUCCCGGCAUCUACUUCAGCAUAUAUGAUUGAAGAAGAGCUAAGGGAACAGCUAAGAAAGAAACAAGAAGCUCUGAAGCGUUUUCAGAGACAAGUCAAACGCCGAGUAAAUCAGCAAAUUAGGCUGAGAAAAAAGCAACAACUUCAGAGGUCUUAUGAAGCCGUAAGUUCAAAAGCAGAAAAAGAAGGCUCUAUAGCCACGCACUCUUUGGAUCCAGCAUACUUAACUCUUAAAAGAACGAGUGUUUUUCCAAACCAUUUGAAUGCUGCUAUUGGAAGUGCUAGGUUACCUCCUUCCCAGAAGCUUGAGGAUGGAAUAGAAGAUAGAGAGAAUCAAAAUGAACUAUUCCAACAACAAGCCCAGGCUCUUAGUCAAACCAUGAAAGAAGCACGUCACCGGCUGGCAUCAUUUAAAACUGUGAAUAAAAAAAAUGCAUCGGUGUUUCCAGAUGAUCGAAAGAAAAACUUUCCCACCCAAGAGGAACCUGACACUGAGGAAUCUUCAUCUAUUAUGAUAGAUAAGAAAGGGAAAAAGAAUUUGUCUUGGGGGGACCAGCAGGAUCUCCUUUUUGAAGACAAGGAUAUACCUUUCAGCACAGUUCAGAAAGUACAAUUCAAAAAUCCAUUAUUUGCUGUGAUGGAAGAGGAAGAGGUAAAGCAGUUACAUCAGGAUGUUCUGCCAGAAGCCCAGGCUUAUCUUCCAGAAGCCCAAGGUGACCUGCUGCAAACCCAGGGUGAUUUGACAGGAGUCUGCAGUGUUGAGCUGGAAGCCCAGAAUGUUGAGCUGAGGCUCAGUACCGAGGAUAUCAAGCUGGAAGGCCAAGCUGUUGAGCCCAAAGCCCAGGCUGUUAAGACCAGAACUCAGAGUGUUAUGCUGAAAGAUCAGAGUGUUGAACUAGAAGAUGGGAAUAUUGUUUUGGACGUCCAAGAUUUUCUACUCCAAAACCAGGCUUUUCUACCCACAGACCAGCAUAUUCUUCCCAAAGACCAGAAUGUUCUACCCAAAUGCCAGGACCAGGAUUUUCUACCCACAGACCAGCAUGUUCUUCUCAAAGACCAGAAUGUUCAAUCCAAAUGCCAGGACCAGGAUUUUCUACCCAGAGAUCAGAAAGCAAAUUUGAAGCCGCCAGCAUCAAUUAUGAUAAGUAGGAGUGGGGGAGAGGUGUUUCCUCUGGAUGUCCAUCAAGAUCUUCUACACAGGCAUCAAGAUCAGGCCUUCAUCAACAGCAAGAAGGUACGCUUCAAGGAGUCAUAUUGUGAUACGACAAAUGAGAAAGGGAGAGAAGACUUUUCUCUGGCAGGUUAUCAGUAUCUGCCUCCUAAACUUCAGGACCACGCCUUCAUCAGAGAUCAGAACAAGUGUAUCAGGCAGCCCUCAUCUUUUGAGAAAUGGGAGACUGAAAGACGAGUUGCUUCUGGAGUGCCAUCGGUAUGUUUCACCUGGUAUUCAAGACCUAGCCUCUCCCAGAGACACAGGAACUAUGGGCAGGCCUCACAUAAUAUGACAGAUGAGAGAUGGAGAAAGGAGUUACUUCUGGAGCACCAUGAAUAUGUUUUACAUGAAAUCCAGGAUCCAGGCUCCACCAGAGAGCAGAGCUUACGCUCCAUACGGCAACCAUCUGCUGGAACAGCUGAAAGAUGGCAAGCAGGUUUGCUUCUGGCCGGCCAUCAGCAUCGUCCACCCAAGCGCCAGAGAGAGGCUCCCAGCAGCAGACAGGUUGGUGGUGAAUAUCAAUCAGGAUUGAACACUGAAUUCCAAACUCCACUGGCACUUCAGUCAGGAGUAAGUCAAGAGGAAGACAAGAAAGAGCGUCAAAAGCAGUACCUGAGAUAUAGACGACUUUUCAUGGAUAUUGAAAGAGAACAAGUGAAAGAACAACAAAGGCAAAAAGAACAAAGGAAGAAAAUUGAAAAAAUUAAGAAAAAGAAAGAGCAGCAACGUUAUGCUGAAGAGCAGAGGAUAUUAAGAACGAACUUUCAUGAAGAGCCAUAUUCAGGGGAGAAGAUGAGUGAGAUACUAGCCCAGCUACAACUUGAGGAAGUAAAAGGAGCCAGAGAAAAACAACAGAAAGAAAAGGAAUACCAAAGAUAUGUAGAAGCUUUAAGAGCCCAGAUCCAGGAGAAAAUGCAGCUGUAUAAUAUUACUUUACCUCCACUAUGCUGCUGUGGUCCUGAUUUUUGGGAUGCUCAUCCUGAUACCUGUGCCAACAAUUGUAUUUUCUAUAAAAACCACAAAGCAUAUACCCGGGCACUACAUUCAGUCAUCAAUUCCUGUGAUAUCCCUGAAGGGAACUCAGCUCUUCGAGUCGCCAUUCAUAAUUUUGCUUCUGCACACAGACGGACUUUGAAAAAUCUGUAAUAAGAAUCUGAAAUAAACUUACGCGGGCCUCUCACUGUUGUGGCCUCUCCCGUUGCGGAGCACAGGCUCCGGACUCGCAGGCUCAGCGGCCAUGGCUCACGGGCCCAGCCACUCCACGGCAUAUGGGAUCCUCCUGGACCAGGGCACGAACCUGUGUCCCCUGCAUCGGCAGGUGGACUCUCAACCACUGCGCCACCAGGGAAGCCCUAAACUUUUUUUUUAAUAUAGAAAAGAAAAAUCCCAUACCCAUUAGCAGUUGUUUCCCAUUCCCCUGGCAAUCACCAGCCCACUUUCUAUCUCUACAGAUUUGCCUAUUUUGGACUUUUCAUAUGAAUGGAAUCAUAUAAUAUACAGUCUUUUGUGACUGGAGUCUUUAAUUUAGUAUAAUGUUUUUCAGAUUUGUGCAUGUUGUAGUGUGUAUCAGUACUUCAUUGCUUUUAUUGCUGAAUAUUAUUCUACUCUAUGGAUGUACUGCAUUUUAUUUACCCAUUUAUCAAUUGAUGAACAUUUGGGCUGUUUCUACUCAUUAGCUAUUAUGAAUAAGGCUGCUAUGAACAUUUGUUUACAAGUUUUUCUGUGGACAUACGUUUUCAUUUCUCUUGGGUAUAUACCUAGGAGGGGAUUUGCUGGGUCAUAUGGUAGCUCUACGUUGAGCAUUUUGAGGAACUGAAAACUGUUUUACAGAGUGGCUGCACCAUUUUACAUUCCCACCAACUGUGUAUAAGGGUUCAGAUGUCUUCACAUCCUCCAACCCUUGUCCUUAUCUGUCUCUUUAAUUAUGGUCAUGCUACUGGGUAUGAAGUGGUAUCUCCUGGAUUUGAUUUGCAUUUUCCUGAUGGCUAAUGAUGUUGAGCAUCUUUUCAUGUGCUUAUUAGCCCCUUGUAUAUCCUUUUUGGAGAGCUGUCUUUUCAGAUCCUUUGCCAUUUUGUAAUUGUGUUAUUUAUCUUUUGAUUGUUGAGUUAUGAGAGUUGUUAAUAUAUUCUCCAUAAGGUCCAUUAUUAGACUUAGGAUUUGCAAAUAUUUCUUUUUCACUUUCUUGUCUUUUCACUUUCUUGACGGUUUCCUUUGCAGAACAAAAGUUUUUAAUUUUGAGGAAGUCCAAUUCAUCUACUUUUUCUCUUGUUGCUUUAGCCAUUACCUAAUCCAAGGUCACAAAGAUUUACUCCUGUGUGUUCUUCUAAGAGUUUUAUAGUUUUAGCUCUUACACCAAGGUCUAUGAUCUAUUUUGAGUUAAUAUUUGUAUAUAGUGUUAGAUAGGGGUCUAACCUCAUUCUUUUGCAUGAGGAUAUCUAGUUGUCCCAGUGUCAUUUGUUCAAAAAACUAUUAUUUGCCCCACUGAAUUGAUGUGACACUGUUGUCAAAAAUCAAUGGACCAUUGGGACUUCCCUCGUGGUCCAGUGGUAAAGAAUCCGGCUUCCAAUGCAGGGGACGCAGGUUUGAUCCCUUGUCGGGGAACUAAGAUCCCACAUGCCUCAGGGCAGCUAAGCACACAAACCACAACUACUGAGCUCACACCCUUCAACUAGAGAGCCCGCAUGCCACAAACUACAGAGCCCACGUGCUCUGGAGCCCGCACACCACAACUAGAGAGAGAAAAACCACACACCACAACUAGAGAGAAGCCCUCACGCCACAACGAAAGAUCCCACAUGCCGCAACAGAGAUCCUGGGUGCCGCAACUAAGACCCGAUGCAGCCAAAA